CUAGAGUAACGUGUAAAGUUCAAACAAUAACUGACAGCUAAGCAAAAUGUCAAUAAAGACAAAAGAAAACUCGGACCAAAAACACUUUCUUAGAAAAACUACACACUAGAAAUUAAAUCCCUGAGACCCAAACAAAGAGUAAGGCUCUUGGCUGACGCCCACCCGCACCAAGGAUGGGCACACAGGGCAAGAAUGUGGACUUCAGCGUUUUGGAAUUCGACAACUACAAUGAUUACAUCACCUCAUUUGCCACCGUUAAGGACUACAGGUAUCUGAGCAACCAGAACACGAUCAAGACCAUCGUCCAACUGGGCUACCGCACCACAAAGAUUCCCUAUACUUCAGAUGAAUAUGAAAAAAGGGUUGACAUAGCCCUGGAGGCCAUCCGGCCAAAGAUUGCCCAUGUAGGCUUGUUUAGCGACCAUAUGUCCCCAACAAACUUCGACCCAGUGCUUCUGGAGUUUAAGUCCCGGGAGCUGCUCAACUUAAACAAGAUUCUUUCGUCAAUCGUGUUCACCUCAUACAUCAACGUCGACGGCUCAGAGAUCUCCGGUUACAUUGACCUGGACAUGAGCUGGCGCAACUGCUACCGCGAGGCCUUGGAUCACACUGACUGGCGGGGAGUCUUUACAGGACGAUCGCGACUAAAGCCCAUGCCCCACCAUCUGAGCUACUCGAACCCUCGCUACAACAUUGUCAAGUACACCAACAGCGACAACUACCAGGUGAUGCACGAUCACCACUUCGGACUGAUUUUCAUGCACCGGGGCGAUCACAAAAUGAUCUCGGUGGGCGGACAGUUUAACAUUUAUUCCAGAAAUGCGAAGCGCUCGAUGGUCUACUCCCCCAAGUACGGGUAUGUUGUCUUCUACGAUCACUUUGUGCGCAAGAAGGUAUAGCAUCUAUGUGAGAUGAAUAUUGAAAUGUACGAGGUUCCUUUCCGUAAUGAUUGCCGCUAAAUUAUGCCAAUGCAACAGUAACAUUAACAAAUAAAAACUUUUCCAUA